CCCGCCGCGGCUCGUUCCAUCGCGCCGCACUCCGUCCUCGCGCGCCACCGUCGCUUCACGCGCUCGCACCGCGCGCGUCCCCGACCGCGCGCCAUGUCCACCGCCGCCGCGGACGCCUUGCGCGCGCUAGAACUCGACGAAGACGUCUUUCUCAACCUCUUGUCCCGACUCAUCGGCGAGUCGCGACACCUUCAAAACACCGGCGUCGGCACGGCGCACGUCCCGCGCGAAGAUCUGGCGGUAAAACACGUCCUCGAGACCCUGAAGCCGUACCGCGUCGAAAACGGGGGCGUGCUCGAGGUCGAACACGUGACGUACGCCGAAGGACGGGGCAACGUGGUGAUUCGGUACCCGGGACGCGGCGCGAACGCGGCGAAGGAGAAACAAUUGACGUUCGCGGGGAGUCACAUGGACGUCGUGCCGGCGAAUCCCGAAGCGUGGAGCGUGGAUCCGUUUAAAUUGACGAUGGAUGGGGAUAAAUUGUACGGCAGAGGGACGACGGAUUGCUUGGGACACGUGGCGUUGAUGACGACGAUUUUCGCGCAGCUCGGGGAGCUGAAGCCAGAGUUGGAUACGUCGUUGACGUGCGUGUUCAUCGCGAGCGAGGAGGCGAAUGGACCGGGGAUCGGCGUCGAUGGACUCGUCGCGGAUGGAAAAUUGGAUCACUGUAAACCGGGGCCGGUGAUUUGGGUGGACUGCGCGGAUAGUCAACCGUGCAUAGGCACGGCGGGGGCGAUUACGUGGGCGCUCAAGGCGAAAGGACAUCGGUUUCAUUCUGGAUUACCACACAAGGGUAUCAACGCGAUCGAACUCGGUAUGGCUGCCAUUGAACGCGUGCAAGAAAAGUUUUACGCGACGUUUCCCGCGUGUGAGCAAGAACGGGACUACAAAUUCAUCACCUCGAGCACGAUGAAGCCGACGCAAAUCUCGUGCGCCCCGGGCGGUUUGAAUCAGAUCCCGCCGGAAGCCACGAUUUCAGGUGACAUUCGUUUGACGCCUUUCUACCCAGUGGAUAAUGUCAAGGCAUGCAUCGAAGCCGAAGUAGCGGCGAUUAACGCCGAUGUUGAAUCGCUUCCGACCAAGGGAGACUACAGCAAAUUUGUCAUUCCGGACGGCAAAGGCGGCACGCUUCGCGGUUCGCUCGAACUUGAAUGGGGCGAGCACUUACUUACAGGAAUCGCGUGCGACUUAUCGAGCCCGGCUCUCAAGACACUUUGCGACGUUAUCCAAGAAGUCAAAGGUCAAGCUGAGCCGUACAGUUUGACCGGUUCGCUUCCUCUCGUCGCGGAAAUGCAACAGAACGGUUUCGACAUCCAACUCAUCGGUUUCGGUUUGAUGAGUACGUACCACGCGGAUGAUGAAUACUGUAGCUUGAGCGAUAUGAAGGAUGCAGCGAAGAUCAUCGCUCGCACGAUCGCGACAUUUGGCUAACGCCCUCGAAU